GCUCAUACUACUGCUGCAGCAGUACGAACCAACCAACCGAACGCAACGGUUCGAAUUGUGUGCGAGACUUUGUAUACACCGAGCACAUCUGUCUACAAGCAGUUCUACCAUGACAACUUACAUUGUACGAUAAGUAUUUUUCGGGUGUAAGAAGCAAAAACAACAUAUUCGUGGAUGAAACAACAACAACAAAAAAAAAAUAUUGUGUUCUUUCGACAAAAUUACAAUUAGUUGUUACAAAUAAUAUAAAUAAUAAAUAAAAAGAGUAUACACCAGUUUCGACAAGGAGAAAAGGAAAGCAGCAAUUCGAAUUGCGCUACGGUUAAAUGUGAUGCGCUAUUUUUAUUGAUUUUUCCAAUUUCCUACGUAAAUUGUGAACUGAAUACAGUGUGUGAGAGGGGAAGAGUGCUGUGUACGGCGGUGUCGUAUGAAGACGACGAAGAUAGAGAAAGAGUGCGCACGAUGUUUGAGUGAAAACGAGUGCAUAUACUUAUAUUUCAAGAUCUCUCUCUUCUCAUUCAUAUAUUAAUUCCAUAUGGUUUAAAUAAAUAAUAAUAAAUACACAAAAGAUUGAAAUGUUCAACACGCACGGCCUCAUUGCUGUCCUAAUUCUAGCUUUAAUUAAUGCAAAGACAGCCGUUACUAAAAAUGACAAUUACCCAGGUCUUCGUAAACCGCCUUCAAUAUCGUCCGGUUCACCAUAUGAUAAUGUUUUGUUGUUGAAAAACAGAAAUGAGCAUGCACGACGACGUUUUCAACAGCGUCAACAACAACAACAACAUUACUCAUUUCCAAACGAUGAACCAUUGACCGAUGAAGUGUCUGGUCCAGGAUUCACAUACAAAUUACCAAUACAAUAUCAACCAUAUACAAGCGAUGAUGAUGAAAUUCCAUUUGCCGUUGGGCCGAAUCAUCCAAAAUUUUACGAAAAAAUUGGCAACACAUUUGAUUCAAACAGCAAAUCAGAGCCAAUAUUUACGUAUAAAAAUAGAUUGGCCGCUGAAAGUGAUCCCAUUUACUUGACCAGUGACGGAUAUACAUCGAUCAAAGUGAAAGCACCAAUGAAUAUCAAUCCAAAAAUUAUACCAAGCGUUGAUUAUUCCGAUGAUGUUGACACCGAAAAUAAUUCUAAUGAUAUAUCAAAAUCAAAAGAUGUUUUCAUGCUUGACGACUUACGAAAAGCGCAACGGAAGGGACAAGGUAAAGCCAUCGCCAAUGAAUUGCAGCCCCCAAAUGAUGUUGCCAAAAAGCCAGUCGAUUUGAAUUCAGCAUGGGUUAUUGCCAUUAUUGCUGGUGUUAGUGCUGCAUUUACAGUUGGUUUACUUGGCAUUGGCAUAGGAUGGUAUACUUUGCAGAAGAAAGCAAAAGCCGCCGCAGAUGUUGAUUAUCCAGCUUAUGGAAUCACUGGUCCGAAUAAAGAUGUGUCACCAUCGUCUGGUGAUCGGCGAUUGGCACAAAGUGCACAAAUGUAUCAUUAUCAACAUCAAAAGAAUCAAAUAAUCGCAAUGGAGAAUCAAAAUAGCGGUGAACAAAAUGGUUCAUUGUCUGAUAUUGAAACUGAUGACGAAAAUGAAGAAGGCGAUUACACAGUUUAUGAAUGCCCUGGACUAGCACCAACCGGUGAUAUGGAAGUGAAAAAUCCACUAUUUUUGGAUGAUCCAACUCCAGUUAAGAAGAGCACAGCGACAAAACCGCAACCAUUACCACAACAAUCACAACAACAGCAACAAAAACAACAAACUAAACCCCAACAAUCAAAUGAUAAUCCAACAACUUCAGAUCCAGCCAUUAAAAAAUAGCUUUUCUAAGCCUAAUUUAUACAGGCCCAAAAUAUUUAUUUUCAAACAGCAAAAAAUACAAAACAAAAAAUAACUAUAUAUUUAUUAUAUUGUAUAUUAUGAAUUUGUCUCUAAACACUAAUGGACAUUAUAAAAACAACCAAAUAGAUCUUUUGAAUAAAAGGUAUUUAUUUGAAAAUAUUUAGUGUGAUAUGUGUGACGCAUAUA